GAUUGGCGUGGGUUCUGGAGUAGUAAGGAUGGUGUCUGUUCUUGUCUUUUGGGGAAACUCCUCGGUCUUCUCCCAUCCCUCCUCCACCUCUACCCCCACCUCCAACCGCCAUAACUGCCUCCUACCACAGCAGAGGCUUCUGGGCAUCGGCCUCUUUCUGCUCAAGCUCUUCUAUGUGCUCGGGGGUGGUACAAGCUUUUAAAAGUCCCAGGCAGUGGGCAGACCACGCACACUCUCCUGGCAUCCCCAUCCUCUCUCAGGACUUAUGGUGCCAGAGCGGUUAUCACAGGAGUUUGGAUACUGCUGUGGACUGUCCAUAGAGCCCUGCUUUCUGAGCCUCCCAUGUCCACCCUGUUCCUGUCCAGGUUCCUGGCUGUCACAUUUCUGCACGAUGGUGAACAAGUUUGUUUUUCUGAUUCUCAUAACAAGAAAAGGUUAAGACUAAACUAUCUAAUCUUCAACCCCAUCCAAGAUCUGAGGAGGAGAAAUGUUGCCUGAAUAAAAGGAAAUUCAGAGCAAACAGCUUCCAAACCUAAGAAAUGACAGAAAUUGUUGGCUACCCUGGGAGUCAGUCAGCAAAUAUUCACUGUGGCAUCCACCUUCAACUCACUGGGCCAGGAGCUCUGACAACAAUCCUUUGAAGCAGGUCACUUGAAGGACUAUCCUAUUUUUUUUUCCAAAAACUGGGACACAGACUUCCCCAUGAUCAACUUCUGCACAGUCUGGACAGCUUUCUGGCAGCAGUAGAGACGCUGGGAGAGAAACAUCAUCCCCUGGCACUGAACUAAGCAAGAAUCAGGCCAAGAAGGAAAAGGAGAGGCUGAUUAAAGAGCUGCAGCUCAUUACCGAGGAGAGAAAUGACCUGAGAGAUCGCCUGAGGUUUCUGACAGAGAGAUCCAUGAAGAACAGGCCACACUUCAGGCCAAAUCCAUAUUAUGAAGACCUGGAGAGAAUGGCGGAGGCAGUCAUGUCAAUUCUGCACAACUUAGAGAUGGAGAACACUGAGGUCCAUGAGAACAACCAUAAGCUGAAGAAGGAGAUUACCUUCUCUAGAAACCUGCUCAGCCAGCUCCUGAUGGAGAACACAUGUAGGAAGAAGUUGGUCCCACUGAAGCAGGAGAGCAAGGAGGUACAUCUUGAUUGUGCACUGAACCAGAAAUAUUUGGUUGACUUCAACAAGAAAGAUAAAGACCAUCAACGGCCAGAACCAGCAUUAUCAGGUCUCAGAAAGUGCAAGAGAGCUGGAAUUGGACACACCCCAGUAAGAGAGCUUCCUGAAGAAUAAGUUGCUUUCUCAGGAGUCCCUGAUGACCAACAUCCUGAAUGAAAACAGCACUUGAGAGACAACUUGGGGGACCGCCUUUCAUUAUGUGUGCUAGAGGAGAAACAGCAAUACGUCUGUGCUUCUAAAUGUUCGUUAAGAAUAUGCUUUUAGAAAUAUUUUUGUUAUGAUUUUAAUUGAAGUUUUCUCUUUGUUGUUUCAUAUUUAUAUGUUCUUGUUACUAUUUUUACUUUCAAAUAUUUUUAAAUAUUUUUAUUCAUUUUAAUCCUGUUUGUUGUAAUAAUGUAUUUGUUAUGAAUAAAAAUUGAAUUCUA